UAGAGAAGCCAGCGGGCCCAGGUGGGCUACAAACCCCAUUGUGGGAUUGCCAAAUCCUCUCGUUAGGAUCCCUGGGGACAAUCCCCUGCUGCCAGCCUGCACUGGGCCACUACGCAGCCUCCCCUGCCUCCUCCCUGAGGGUUGGGCAACCAUGGGGCCCGAGUGGGCUACUCAGGGGUGAUGCUCACCUCCAUCCCCAGGUACACCAUGGUGGAGGUGACAGUGACACCGAAAUCCUCACUGGCCGACCGGCUGGCACAGAUACGGGUGCGGGGACUGUCCCCCUCGCAGCUGGUUACUUUACGAGCGUCACUGACGGACGAGCAGGGUGAACGUUUCCAGUCUCGUGCCUUUUUCCGCGCCGAUGCAGCGGGCGAGGUGGAUCCCGGGCUCCACGCCGCUCUGGGUGGCAGCUACACCGGCGUUUGGCCCAUGGGACUUUUCUGGUUCCUGCGGCCCGACACCCUUUUCCGACGCCUGGUCAAGCGGAAUGUGGCCGGCAGCCCCUUCCUCGUCCGGCUGGAGGUUUUUGAUGGGAUCUGUUUGCUCACCAGGCCCCAGGACCAACCGUUGGCCUCCUGCGAGGCUGAGCGGUGGUAUGUGGGUCCUGGUGUCCAGCGGGUGCCCAUCCGGGAGGGCAGGGUCCGGGGGGCCCUCUUCUUACCACCUGGACCGGGACCCUUCUUGGGGGUGAUCGACCUGUUUGGGGGUGCAGGUGGCCUCAUUGAGUUCCGCGCAGGGCUGUUGGCCAGCCGGGGCUUCGCUGUGCUGGCCCUGGCCUUCUUCGCCUACGAUGACCUGCCCCGCACCCUGCUCCAGAUCGACCUGGAAUAUUUUGAGGAGGCGGCCAAGCUGCUCCUCCAGCACCCCAAGGUGCGAGGCCCUGGCCUGGGUGUCGUUGGCGUCUCCAAAGGAGCAGAGGUGGCCCUUGCCAUGGCCACGUUCCUCCCCCAGGUGGUGGCCACAGUGUGGAUCAAUGGCACGGCCUUCCUCUACGGCAACCCUCUGGUCUACAAGGAUCUCCACAUUCCCCCCAUCCCCUACCUCACUGAGAGCGUAGUCCUCACGGAGGUGGGGGCCUUGGACAACUUGGGUGUCUUCACUGACCCCCGGGACCCCGCGUACAGCGCCUCGGCCAUCCCGACAGAGAAAAUCCGGGGCAAGGUCCUUUUCGUGGUGGGGGAGGCUGAUCGCAACUUGAACAGCAAGCUCUUUGCCGAGUUGGCCAUGGCACGCAUGUCACCGGCGAGCUGUCGCCUCCUCUCCUACCCCGGAGCCGGCCACUUGAUCGAACCCCCCUGCUCACCCCUCUGUAGUAUGUCCAGCAUGAGGGGAAGCCCCCUUCCGGUGCUGUGGGGGGGUGAAGCCCAAGCUCACGCCAAAGCCCAGGAGCACUCGUGGCAAGAGAUCAUCCAGUUCUUGGAGCUUCACCUGGGCCGUGCUGCCACCAUGAAGCUGUGAUGGCUGCGGGGAGCUGGGGCGGGGGGAGGAAGGGGCUGAGGUUGCCCCCCAGCCCCGGGCUCAUUGCCCCCCUCAAUAAAGUGCACCGUG